UUACAAUGCUUGCAAACAUUUCUGAGAAAACAACUGUAUGUACGACAGUGUGAGUUUGUGCAGCAUAAACUGUAUAUUGUGUGUUUGUAAGAACUUAGGGGAAAACGUUUUUUUAAUGACCAACGGCUGUUAAUUUAUAACUUCUUUAUAACCAAAGUGUAAUCGGAAACUCUGUUUGCUAUUUAAAUGACCUUUGAUACUCAUCACAACUGUUAGUUGUCAACCAACCGUGGUGUAGGGCCGAUGUGUGUGUUCACGCAGUGGUAUUUUCUUCUUUACCAUGCACAUGAGAGGGCAUUUAAAAGAGACCCCUUUUCUCUGUGGAAUCUUUAUCAUUGUCUUAUCUAUAACAGCUGAUCAAACAUGCAGGGGAAAGUGUGGAGAUGUUAUGGAGAAAUGCUCCUGCCAUGCAACCUGUGUGUCUUUGCUGAACUGUUGUGCAGACUACAACCAGUCCUGUUUCCAGGUGACGCCUCACUCCAGCUCCAUGCUAGGCGGUAGAGCUCUCAGGAUCCUCGGUUUGGCCCUUCAUCCUGGUGGGCGACUUCUCUGCAGGUUUAAUGGGGAAAUCAUACGAGAUGGAUUUAUUGAUGAUGAAGGCCACGGCUACUGUAUCUCUCCUUUAUUGUAUGAGACAGGUUGGAUACCAUUCACUGUCUCAAUCGAUGGGAUACAUUAUGACAGAUCUGGAGAGUUCUUGUCAGUCCACCCCAGUAAAGCGGACCCUGCCUUUGAAGUCACCCUUGUGAAUGCAACACAGUGGCAGUACUACGGCAAACCAAACGUGUCAGGAAGGCUUAAGAUGACAUGGCACAGCUCUUUGAUUGGUGCAGAGCUGGUCAACCUAGAGCUGUGGGGAUACAGAGAGUUCAGCAGGAGCACUGAGGCAGCUGGGAACGGAUCAUCCUCUCUGCAGGCCGAGCUGAGCUACCUGUACUCCCUCGGAAGGAAUCUGCCCAACACUGGUGCCUUCAGCUUCAUCCCCCAGCCCUCAGAGGACUACUCCGACUGGGAGUUGGGAAACAUCCGCAUCACUGCUAGUUCUAAAUCAGAUGGAGCAAGGGAUGUAGAGGGGCUCUGGAGCGGUGGGCAUGUCUUAGCCUGGCACCUGGAGCAGGCUUUCAGAGAUGAUUCUGCAACCUGGGCCAGGAGCCGAUGUCUGCAGUGGGACGUCCUGGAGAAGAACCUGCCUAACUUCCUGGAGGAACUCAUUAACUGUCCCUGCACUCUGGCACAGGCCCGAGCAGACACAGGCAGGUUUCAUACUGACUAUAGUUGUGACAUUGAGCGGGGCAGUGUGUGCACUUAUCACCCAGGUUCCGUCCACUGUGUCAGAGCGAUUCAGGCCAGUCCUAUGCAUGGAUCGGGGCAGCAGUGCUGCUAUGACAGCACAGGCGCUCUGGUGCUGACGGGAGACUCAAUCGGGGGCAGCACCCCAGACAGGGCUCACGACUGGGGUUCGCCUCCGUACAGGGAGCCCCCACGGGUGCCGGGGUACUCCCACUGGCUCUAUGAUGUCAUGAGUUUCUACUACUGCUGCCUUUGGUCUGAACACUGCCACGUUUACUUCAACCAUCGACCUUCUAGUGGGUGUCGCAGCUACCAGCCCCCAAGAGCUGGUGUCGUCCUCGGGGAUCCGCAUUUCAUAACGUUCGACGGGCUCAGCUACACUUUCAACGGUAAAGGAGAGUACUACCUUGUGUCUUCUCCAGACAGAGAGCUGAGUGUUCAAGCCAGAACCGAAGUGGUGAAACUUAAGAAGGGAGCUUCGGCCAAAGCUACAGCGCUGUCAUCCGUGGCUAUGAAGGAAAAGACCUCUGAUGUCAUCGAGGUGCGUCUGGCAGAGGGCCGACUUCAGGUACUGAGGAACCAAAAGGUCCUACCUUUCACCGAGCAGAGAUGGAUGGACCUACACGGAGUAUUUGUGUUCGCCCCCAGUCUUCAGAAUGUGACAGUAAUCUUCCUCUCUGGAGUUGGCGUGGAGGUCCGGGUGCAUGAGGGAGCCAUGGCAGUGACCGUCCUGCUUCCAGAAGAGUUUACCAACCACACCCAGGGUCUCCUCGGUCUUCUGAACUCUGACCCAUCAGAUGACCUGUUGACCAGACAAGGAGAAAUCCUUUCUCCAGCCGACGCCACGCCAGAGGAAAUCUUCACCUUGGGAGCUGGCUGGAACAUUUCAAAGACGUCCUCCCUCUUCACAUAUGACUCAAAGUACCUUAUGGAUACAUACUAUUUCCCACCAAGCCACGAUACUGCCUUUGUUCCUGCCUUUUCUCUACCCGAGAGACCCGAUGACCCUCUGAUCGCAGAUAUGUUGGUGAUGUGUUUGGGAGAAGGAGCGCAGUUUUGUAAAUAUGAUACCCUGACCACACAGAGCCUCACAAUGGGAAACGCCACACUAGGGGCCUACCAAAGCCAUCUGGCCCUUAACGAAGCCCUGGAGCAAGUGGUGUCUUGUGGCUGGCUUGCCACACCUAGGAAUGGGAAGAAGAAUGGGACACAUUACCUGGAGGGUAUCCGUCUGAGCUUCACCUGCAAUGAAGGCUUCCUACUGUACGGCUCUACGGAGCGUACCUGUCUAGAUGAUGGGAGCUGGACAGGAGAGCAGCCCUACUGUAUAACAGAGCUGCAAACAGAUUUCCUCCUGAUAGACAUCAGGGAUGAGUCGAGACCCAAGUAACUACCAGCUGGACACAAUCCAUCCUGCCUCGUCCAUGAGGAUAAAACAUAUAUCAUUUAACUGUUUAGAAAUAUUUUUCCUUUUGCUUACCUCUCGUGACAUGCUUUCUGAAACCUCUUAUAGGUAUUGAAAUAUGAAACAGUUCAUAAUUAUCCUGGCUAAAUUAAUUGUACCUCACAAUAUUUUCCCAAUUAUCAUUAAAGAAAAGUGCCUAUCACGUGUUUUUCUACAUGAACGUCCUUUUAAGUAAAAAAGAAACAGUUUUUGAUUUAUGGCAAUUGUAAAUGAUAAAUAAAUGAUGACAUCUAUUCUUCCUAAAUGGCAACAUAAAGUAAUUGUAGCUUCUUUAUUUUAUAGAUCAGGCUUUAUUGUUCAUGAAAACAAGCCUGACAGCUUUUUAAAAUCACUCGUGAGGAUAUUCACGAGGAUCCCGAUGAUUAAAAUUCACUACAAUUACUUCAUUGUUUUUUUCUCAUCCCGAUCCGAGAUAGAAUCCUGUAUCAUCCUAUCUCUAAACCUUAGUCUUGGACAUAAAGCCACGCCUGGCCUUAUUGCAGCGACCAAUCAUUAGAAAGGAUCUGUCCUAGAGUAUCUGCUGUCCCUAUGUUUUUGUUUAUGCACACAUACAAAGCUGGACUUUUUUAGCUCUGUGACAAUGAUCACACUUGCUCUGACACUCUCAUUAUAACAAUCAGAGCUAACAACUGUCAACAUGACCUGAAGCUCAAUGGCAGGUGUUGCAUGAGCUGUUACCUCCAUCAUACAAAUGUGACCUCUGGCCAUGUAAACAAUACUAAAUACAGACCGGGCAGGAGGCGCCCCGACGGGUUUCUCUUCUUCCUCCACUUCCUCCUCCUCUUAUAUGAAUCCCUGCGGCAUGAUGUGUAGGCUGAGCAGCCAGAGAAUUGUUGUCAUAGCUAAGAUAAAAACGGUGUGCCGCUCAAGAACAAAUGCCACCGCAUCCAGUUUGACUUCUUCUCUGAGUCUGUUCAAUGAGCCGCUGUUGAAAUGCCGCCUGUCAGCAAAGGUGACACUAAUUCCUUUCUAUUUAGAAUUAAUCUCCCAUCACUGAAAGCCACACCUUUUCUCAAAUGGAUUAUAACCUGCUGCCACACUUGUAAAUGUGCUUUUCAACCACACAAUGACAGGGGGUGUGGUGUAUUGUGAUGAUCAAUGUUAAUAUCUUCUGCUGGGAAGUGUGUUGCAGAGGUGAGGGUGACGUUUGGUUAGUAAGUCCUUGAUCUGAGGACAAACAGAGUCAUAGCACACUUGAAAGGUAUAAGGUUAUAGAGUUUACUAGCUUGGCUGUGCUUUAUCCCUAUCUUCUGAAAAACUAUAGCCUUUGUUGUGUAUCAGAUGCAUACAAAUAACAGGAUCACUCCACCUUGAUGGCAUUAUAAUAUUAAUAGAGUUCCUUGCAGAGAGGUGAAGAAAGUGAUUAAAGGAAAGGUGACAGCUGCCAGAGAAAGAUAAAGUGAUUUUUAACAGGAAAAAGUGACGUGGUUUGCAAAACAAAGCCUCAGUCAAUUUUCUGCCUGUGGUUCUCUUCUCAGAUUCCCCUGAGAUAAGGCAUUCCACAGCGGAGAGGGGUGUUUGGUAGAUGUAGCUUACGCAGAGAAAAGGAGUUGAAAUGCUAUGGCAGCUUGAGAUUUCAAAACCAGUCAUGUUGCUUGAGCUUCACUGUCUUUAUGAGCACAAAUGUCUCUGCCUGGGGAGGCCCUCUUAACAUGCUUUUUCACAUCUCUGUCGUGCCCCACAUCCUGCGCUUCCUGUAUUUCUAUUCUUUCUUUCAUCAAAUGUUGACUUUACUCUCAGGUGGAUUAUGUGCUUUGUUAUUUCAGUGUAGAGACUGUCCUCAACACAUUCGAUUGAGUUGAAAUCUUUUAGAAUAUUAGGUUUGCUAUUUUAUCGCUAGACUAUA